AUGAUGAAUUUUUUUACAUCAAAAUCGUCGAAUCAGGAUACUGGAUUUAGCUCUCAACACCAACAUCCAAAUGGACAGAACAAUGGAAACAAUAAUAGCAGCACCGCUGGCAACGACAACGGAUACCCAUGUAAACUGGUGUCCAGUGGGCCCUGCGCUUCAUCAAAUAAUGGUGCCCUUUUUACGAAUUUUACUUUACAAACUGCAACGCCGACCACCGCUAUUAGUCAGGACUUAUAUGCAAUGGGCACAACAGGAAUAACAUCAGAAAAUGCCCUUUUUCAAAUGAAGUCAAUGAAUAAUGGAAUAUCAUCAGUUAAUAAUAACAACAGCAACACCCCUACGAUUAUUACCACGUCACAGGAAGAAACUAAUGCUGGAAAUGUACAUGGCGAUACCGGUGGCAAUUCUUUGCAAAAUUCUGAAGAUGACAACUUUUCUUCCAGUUCUACCACCAAAUGCUUACUCUCUUCCACUUCUUCGCUAUCAAUAAAUCAACGAGAAGCAGCAGCAGCUGCUUAUGGUCCAGAUACCGAUAUUCCUAGGGGUAAACUAGAAGUUACAAUAAUAGAAGCACGUGACCUAGUCACUAGAUCAAAGGAUUCACAGCCUUAUGUUGUUUGUACUUUUGAGAGUUCAGAGUUCAUUUCUAAUGGUCCUGAGUCACUAGGCGCCAUUAAUAAUAACAACAAUAACAACAACAAUAAUCAGCAUAAUCAAAACCAGCAUAUUAACAACAACAACGAAAAUACCAACCCUGACGCUGCUAGCCAGCAUCAUAAUAAUAACAGUGGUUGGAACGGUUCUCAGUUACCAUCGAUAAAAGAGCACUUGAAGAAAAAACCCCUUUAUACACACAGAUCAUCUUCCCAAUUAGAUCAGCUAAACUCUUGCUCUUCAGUAACCGAUCCGAGCAAACGUUCUUCUAAUUCUUCGUCGGGUUCUUCAAAUGGUCCAAAGAAUGAUAGUUCACAUCCAAUAUGGCAUCACAAGACAACGUUUGAUGUUUUGGGAUCUCACUCGGAAUUAGAUAUUUCUGUUUAUGAUGCUGCCCACGACCAUAUGUUCUUAGGCCAAGUUAGACUGUAUCCAAUGAUUCAUAAUUUAGCACAUGCUUCCCAACACCAAUGGCACAGUUUGAAACCUCGCGUUAUUGAUGAAGUUGUGUCCGGUGAUAUUUUAAUCAAAUGGACUUACAAACAGACAAAGAAAAGACAUUAUGGCCCACAAGAUUUUGAAGUUCUUCGAUUAUUGGGUAAGGGUACUUUUGGCCAAGUCUACCAAGUUAAGAAGAAAGACACUCAAAGAAUUUAUGCAAUGAAAGUUCUCUCCAAGAAAGUUAUUGUCAAGAAAAAUGAGAUCGCCCACACAAUUGGCGAAAGAAAUAUCCUAGUCACGACAGCGUCCAAAUCGUCCCCAUUCAUUGUCGGAUUGAAGUUUUCCUUUCAAACACCAACAGAUCUGUAUUUGGUCACUGAUUAUAUGAGUGGUGGAGAAUUAUUCUGGCAUUUACAAAAGGAGGGCCGUUUUUCGGAAGACAGAGCGAAAUUCUAUAUCGCUGAGUUAGUCCUAGCGUUAGAACAUUUACACGAUAACGAUAUCGUUUACAGGGACCUAAAGCCUGAAAACAUUCUACUCGAUGCCAACGGUAACAUCGCUCUUUGCGAUUUUGGUCUUUCUAAAGCUGACUUGAAGGAUAGAACAAACACAUUUUGCGGCACCACGGAAUACCUGGCACCAGAAUUGUUACUGGACGAAACCGGCUACACCAAAAUGGUCGAUUUCUGGUCUCUAGGUGUUUUGAUAUUUGAAAUGUGUUGUGGUUGGUCCCCUUUCUUUGCGGAAAAUAAUCAAAAAAUGUACCAAAAAAUUGCCUUUGGUAAAGUCAAAUUCCCCAGAGACGUACUGUCACAAGAGGGGAGGUCUUUUGUAAAGGGUUUACUAAACAGAAACCCCAAACAUAGACUCGGUGCCAUUGAUGAUGGAAGAGAACUACGAGCUCAUCCAUUUUUCGCAGAUAUCGACUGGGAGGCCUUGAAGCAGAAAAAAAUUCCACCACCUUUCAAACCUCACCUAGUCUCGGAGACGGAUACCUCGAAUUUUGACCCAGAGUUCACAACAGCUUCAACUUCAUACAUGAACAAGCACCAGCCGAUGAUGACUGCUACCCCGCUAUCUCCAGCCAUGCAAGCAAAGUUUGCUGGUUUCACCUUUGUUGAUGAGUCCGCCAUCGAUGAACACGUUAAUAACAACAGAAAAUUCCUACAAAACUCGUACUUUAUGGAACCUGGUUCCUUUAUCCCGGGAAAUCCAAACUUACCUCCAGACGAAGAUGUCAUCGAUGAUGACGGGGACGAGGACAUCAAUGAUGGAUUCAACCAAGAGAAAAAUAUGAACAACAGCCAUUCGCAGAUGGACUUCGACGGCGACCAACACAUGGAUGACGAAUUUGUCAGUGGAAGAUUCGAAAUAUGA